AGAUUUUUGUUGCAGACAAACUUCUAUAGGAAUAAGCCGCGGAAAUGGUGUACGUAGAGCCGGCUUUUCCACGAGGGAAAAAUACCGAAAUCGAAGACAAUGGAGUCGCACCGAGAAAAAAGUUCAAGCCUAACGUUAACUACGGUGCUUCUACCGAAGAGGAAAUAAAAGUUCACAAACCUCGACCUAAGGAACGCCGCAGAGCACUGUUGGAAGCGAAAGCGGAAGAACGAGAGAAACAGGAACUAGCCUGUACUGCCUCGAAUCUUAGCAUCGCAACGGUCCAACCGGGCAUGCUGGUGCUCGGUAGUGUACGACGCAUUUUCAAAAUGCACCUGGAAAUGUCCCUUCCGGGACGUCUGUUGGGAACGGUACCGAUUUCGGCGAUAUCCGAUGCGUAUACGAAACGGCUCGAAGCGAUGAUCGAACAGAAAUCUAUGGCCAAUUGUCCUACGCUCGAAGAUCUGUAUACCGAGAAUGAUUUGGUUUACGUGAAGGUGAUCGAGAAGGAGUGCAACCAAGCACGUCUGAAACUGUCGUUAAAUCCAAGCGAUCUGCACAGCACCUUUACGGCGAACCAGCUCGUGCCCGGGUUGGUAUUGAUCGCAACGAUCGCUGUAGAAGAAGAUCAUGGUUACACGAUGGAAACGGGAAUACGCAAUGUGCGGGCCUUUCUGCCGAAGGAUGGUCUGCGCAAAAAUCCAUCCGACAUUGGUCGGAAUCUGUUUUGUACCAUCGAAAAAGUAACGCAGCAAGCCGGACUAGCGGCAACGAUCAUCGUUAAAGCAUUCCGCAAGAAGGACAAUCGUGUGCUGAACGUUGCCAUGGCCAACCUAGACGCGAUCGUGCCGGGCUGUGUGGUACCGUUCACUGUUGGGUCGGUAGUGCAGCAUGGCCUACGUGGGACACUUUUCGACGAAACAGUGGCAGCGUUUGCGAAUGAAAAUAUGCUGACCCACACCAACAGUAAAGCGGACAGUUACACUUUAUUCCAGGAAUUGCAAGCAACAGUGCUGUACGUGAUGCCGGUUACACGGCACGUGUUCGUUUCGUUGGCCAAGUAUGCCAACAAUCGAACUGAAGCGGAACAUGCCGUGUUUGGGCCGGGCGCCACAAUUCAAAAUGCGCACGUAGUAAAAGUCACCAAAAGCGGCGUUUGGUUGCAGUUCGACCGCGACUAUAAGGCGCUCCUGCCGAAAAAUGUGAUCAUGAAAGGAAUUGACGGUAAUUACGAUGAAACCAUUGUGAUGGCUAAAUAUCAUGUCGGAUCAGUUCACACUCUGCGUAUUUUGCGUUACGAUGCGUUCGAUCGAACGUACGUCACGAGCGAUACGCUCGAUCACGCUGGUGACGAACUCAGUCUGGGCGAUGUUCAGAUUGGGAAAGUGUAUAGCGUGCGAGUUAGGCAGGCACAGCAAUCGGAAGGAUUCCUCGUCGAGAUGGGAUCGGUUCGUGGAUCGGUGUUGCGCGAUUGGUUCGACCGUACGCAGCACUUUAAGGAAAGAAAGCUAAUAACUGUCCGAGCCGUCGAAUUUGAAAACGAUCGACCGUACGUGCGCUUCACGAACCGACCAGAGUUGGUGAAGAAAACUGCGCAAAUUUUGUCCUCCUGGGAGCAAAUCACUGUGGGUCAACAGUUUCACGGUGUGGUGGUAAAGGAAGCUAAAACAUACUUUUUGGUCAAAUUUUUCAACAACAUCAUGGGAAUGUUACCGAAAAAAAUGCGAGAAGUAGACCAGGAUACCGCGAAGCUAUACACACUGCGACCAGGAAGUGUGGAACUGUUCACCGUUCACGAGACCAAUGCCUCUGCAAAGUCCUUGGUUCUUUCCCUACCGGGUGAGAGUAUUACUCGCGCAUCACCAUUAGCAAACGCGACCGUGGUUGGUGUCUUUCCGUCCGGAGUGGACAUAAAGCUAGAUUCGGAAGAUGUGACCGGAACCAUUCCGUUGUACUGCUUUUCCGACUUUUCUUCCCACAAUCCACUGUACCUGAGCUUGCUCAAGGAAGGGCAACAAUUGUCAGUGGUCAAACUUCACCAGAACACCUACAGUGUGCGUGACGUCGAGUACUAUCACCACAAUCCGAUGCGGAUGGCACGCGUACCGCAAGGAGCCGUACUGCGCGCCAGCUACUUUUCGCGAAAUGGUGAACCGUACGCGAGCCUGCUAUUGAACGAUUACUGUGAACCGAUCCGUCUGAUGGUGUGCGAACCGGAAAAAAAGCCAGAGGAUAUUCCAGAAGGGGAGAUUAUUUAUGCGAAAGUUACCUUCAACCCUAAAGGCAAGAAUGCCGUUACGUACAAGUUGCGCGCUAAUACACACCGCAAUGCGGUCUGUCCGCGUGGUAUCGAACAUGUCUAUGAGUACACUUCUGCUUACAUGAAGGAUCUAGCAUGUUUAAUUGACCGGUACAAGCAAGCUGGACAAUCGUUUGCAAACUACUCCGUGGGUCAAAAGGUGAUUUGCACCGUAGACAGCGUGGCCGACAAUAUACUUAUGGUGGAGGUGCGUUCGUGCGAUAAAAAGUUAUCAACCAAAACCGGCACGAAAGGUAUUGCCGUGAAACCGUUCGCAUCACAGAACUGCACCUACAGUAAGGGUGAAACACUCGAUGGCCUCGUAAUAUGGGUGGAUGUGGAGCGGCAACUGGUGCAUGUGUGUGUAGAUUCCUUCCUUCUUCAGUGGAUUGAUACAUCAAACACCAGGCAACCGAAAUUUAUUGCCGGCAGCAGAACUCCCUGCGUCAAACUAUUCGAAAAUGAAUACGUCAGCAUUUGCUGUCGUUCUAACGGCAGUGGCCCGCUGAUUAUUGUGCCGGUGAGGCAUCAUUACAAUGAUCAUCUGUGGUACAGUAUAGACAGACCGUUGAUAGCCGUGUUUCAACUACAAACGUUGGGCCAUAUGAUAUUCGCGGUACUAAGGCGUAGUUGUGUACUGUACAAUAGCCUAGACGUAAUCGAUCGAUCAGCAGAGAACACGGAAUCGCAUCGGAGUACAAUGCAGCGACAAAAAUUUGUGAAAGAAUCGCAGCAAGUAGACAGCAACAUUGGCGAUUAUAAGGAUAGCAUCAAUCUUCGUUCGAAGGGUACCAUCAGGCAUGCCCAAGAACUGCCGGAAACGUUCGAUGAACCACUGUUGGAUGACGAUCUUGCGGAUAAAUCGGAUUCAUCAGACCUCGAUGAGACUGAUGGCGACGAAUCAGACGACUUGUAUCGAGAUAGUGUAGACGAUGACGAUGAUGAAGACUACGUCUAUGAGGAAGAGAAAAAUGAUGAUGAUGAUGAUGAGUCAGAACCAAAAGAUGAAGCGGGAGAGAUGAUAACAAAGAAACUCACUCAUCUGUACGAUGCAUACGUUAGCGUUAAGAAGCAGCAGCAGAAAAACGGAAAAGUUGAAACAGGUUUUCACGAAAACGAUACGAAAUGUAAGAAAAUUGGAAACGUACGAAGCAAACAAAUGGAAAAGGAUACAGAUAGCUCACCAAACGCACCAAGGAUGAGCAGCAAACAGAAAAUGCCGAAAACAGGCCAAACCUUGCUUGGCGGCGAUACCACGGCCGUCGGAGAUGGUUUAAAAUUAGCGACGAAGGUAAGCAAGAAAAAGAAAAUGUUUCAAUUAAACGAGCCACAAGCAAUCGAUCUAAACGACCAUCAGAAGGUCAUAAAACGCAAGAAACCAGAAGGCCUAUUAAACAAACCUCCCGGCAAAGUGGAAAAAAAGAAAAAGGCGCCGUUUUCAAAGGACGCGGCUGCAGGUGGCGCUAAGCUAAAACCUACCAUCGCCGAUGCAACCGAUGCCAAAAUAUUGAAAACGAAAAAGAAAAAGAAAACCUCUGGUACUUCCGCCAAUUUACUAAUCCCUCAGCUAGAUGGGACCGAUGAUUUUCUCUUCAGUCAGCUUGAUGGGCCUAAGAAUUUGACAAAAUCAACGGGGCCGAAAACAGCCACCAAACGGAAACACGGUAACGAUGGUGGGCCCCGCACCAAGGACAGCGGAACCCUUCCGGGAACGACAAACUUUUGGGAUUCGACACCUAUCUACAAGCGCACUGUGGCAGAUUCGAGCUCCGGUGAGGGUAGCGAUGAGGAGGAGGAAGCGCGAAAGGUGAAAACUAGUAAGCGUCUUUCGGCCAAGGAACGGUUCGAGGUAAUGAAACAAGAGGAAGAACGCUUGAGAAAAAUCGAAGAAGAGCUGGCCAAUCCGUCCCUCGAUCCGCACACACCGGAUCAGUUCGAUCGGUUGGUGUUAGCGCAGCCGAACAACAGCAUGAUCUGGAUUCGGUACAUGGUGCAUCACAUGGAGUCGGCCGAGCUGGACAAGGCACGGGCCGUCGCGCGGAAAGCAUUGAAGGCGAUCAACUUUCGCGAGGAAGCUGAACUGCUGAACGUGUGGAUCGCUCUGCUCAAUCUCGAGAUACGCUACGAGACGGUGGAAAGCUUCAAGGAGGUGCUUCAGGAAGCGAUCCAGUACAACGACGCGUUCAAGGUGUACUCGAGGGUGCUGGACAUUUUGAUCGAUUGCCAGAAGGUGAGCGAGGUACGCGAACUAUUAGAGCUGCUGCUGAAAAAGUUUCGCAAACAACCCGAAAUGUGGUCCCUGGUCGCUGAUGCAUGGUAUCGGAUUGAUCAGGGCAACAAAGUCAAACCGUUGCUAAGCCAAGCCACGAAAUCGCUUCCCUGCAGGGAUCAUAUUCCACUGAUCGUCAAGUUCGCCUUUCUGCACAACCGUUACGGAAACCGCGAUGAGGCUCAUCUGUUGUUCGAGCAGAUACUCACCUCGUACCCGAAGCGAACGGACAUUUGGUCCCAGUACGUCGACAUGUUGGUCAAGGACGGCCUGGUCGACAAUGCUCGUCAGAUUUUGGAGCGUGCCAUCGUUCAGCGAUUGCCAAUGAAGAACAUGAAAACGUUAUACACCAAGUUCGUAAACUUCGAGCAGAAGCACGGCAACCGGGACAGUGUGCGGCGCGUGAAGCAGAUAGCGGCGGACUACGUACAGGCGCAACUCAACAAUGCGGGCGUCACAACGAGUGACAAAGGCAAGAAAUAGUUGUUCCACACAACAUAAGGUUUUUGUUUUUGCUUUUUCUGGUUUUUCAUAUUUUUAUUAACAGCCGA